CCAGUUUCCAUUGUUUUGACUCGCCCCCCGGCGUUCCCCGUCAGUGGAAUUUUAUUUUCAAUUUGCAAAGUGAUUCAUAAUUUUCUCCGUCGCAUCGCAAAAACAACACAAAAACCAUAUUUUGGCUGGUUUAAGUUUACAUUUCGAGAAAAUCUACAAGUCUGUCGCUGUCAAUAACUUGAGACAAAGACAAAAACAGAAGCAAUGGAUUUGGAACCUGUGUUGGGGGAAGAGAAUGGCAAUGAUAAUUUCAGGCCAUUGAAAACCAUCCCGGUUUUUAGCUUCCAUUUGCUCGUGUCCACGAUGAUCUCCUUCAUCGGGGUGGGCAUGGCUAUUGUCUUCCCGGAGAACAAACGAUGCGAAGCCUACUUUUUGAUGCUGUACUUAAGAGCAAUAUUCUGGGUUGUGACUUUGCUAUUUGAUCAUGUGAUAAAGUAUCACCACGAUAAGCUGCGAAUGAAUGGUUUUCAUGAUUUCCAUCGAGCCACAGCUGUCCAUAAGUCUGUGCCUUUCUACUUGGUCUCUCUCUGGAAUACGGCCAUUAUGACCAUCCAGACGCUGAUGCAGCACUAUUAUGGUGAAGACUUUGGCGAGCAUUGCAUUCAGAGCUUUUUCUCGCCAAUUGUCUACAUCAGUGCUUUCUCAGCACUGGAAACAGGCAUCUUGGCUGUUAUCCAUGGAUUCUACAUUGCCCGGGUGGUUCGGUUCAAUAGGGCCAGACCACUUCCGGACGCCAUGAGGGGCUCUUUCGAGAGUGGCAGCUCUGUGGGGCUGACACAACGAAAUGCCGAUGUGGCGGAAUUGCUGGAAAAGCAGGCUGAUCUCAUCUCCUUCCUGCAAGAUCACAAUCUCCGGCUCAAUCAGCGCCUCAUGCAGAUGAACUCUGAAGUGAGGACUAUCACACUUCCACCAUCUUAAAUCACUUCCAUACCAUCAUCAUCUUUCUUAUACUUUGUAUAUUAAUCACCAGUAUAAUAAGAUUCCUAUUGACCAAAAAAAAA